GGAAGAUUGUCUCCAUUUCAUUAUUUGUCAUUUUCAGCAAUGGCGGACGAGGAUGAUGAUGAAUGUUUUGUGACAAUUGGAACAGCGUUUGAUAUCCCAGAAAAAGAUGAGCAGCCAAGAAAACAGUUUGAUAAGCAUGAGCAAGUUGUUGUUGAUUCAAAGGGAAGAAGGCGGUUUCAUGGGGCGUUCACCGGAGGAUUUUCAGCUGGUUAUUUUAACUCUGUGGGCAGCAAGGAAGGUUGGACUCCGUCAACAUUUUUGUCUUCAAGGUCGAGCAGAGCCGAAAAAGAGAAGAAGGUACAGAGACCAGAAGAUUUUAUGGAUGAUGAUGACUUUGGAGACUUCGGAAUUGCUCCUAAAAAAUUCAUGACGAAGGAAGAUUUUUCCCCUGCUGACAGAGAAAUAAACGAAAGGAAGAGAGUUCUGGGGCAAGCUGUCCAAGAAGGUGUUGUUAGAAGCGCUAUACCGGGUGGUAUCCCUGUUGAUGACCUUAUCAUUCCAUCAAGAUUGUCGAUUGGAGUCCAGCUCUUGCAAAAGAUGGGUUGGAAAGUUGGGCAGGGUAUUGGUGAAAAGCAAGAAAUGCCCAAGUUGGAGCAAGAAGAUUCCACACUUUCCAAAGAAAACAAUCCCUCACAAAAGGUUUAUGGGUGUUCAGUACCUCAAAAUAUGCCAUCAAGUACAGAUUUAGAUUAUAAAAGUAUUGUGAACCUUCUUGCCCCAAAAGAUGCCCAGUCUAUCAAUUUCACGCCAAAAGAGAACAUACAUGGAAUUGGUUAUAAAGGACUUACCCCUGGUGCAGCCUUUUCUCUUUCUGCUGACUAUUCUUCAAAAUCAUUCAAACCAACUGGUAGGGAGAAAAGGGGAAUCAGAGGACAGGCUUUUGGUGUUGGUGCAUUUGAAGAGGAGGAUGAAAAUAUUUAUGGCGCAGAAGAUAUGUCUGAAUAUGACUUUGCCUUAUCUUCUGAAAAAGAACCAAAGCACCUGGGAUGGUCUGGCCCACCAAGAAAGGAUAAAGAGAAGGGUGCAAUCGCAGGAUUUCAGAAAGCUUCAAGACCCACAGCAAUCAACAAGAUUUUCCGUCCUCCACUUUUGCCAGCAAACUAUGUGCCAGGACAAAACUUUUCUAACGUGAAACCCAGCAAGAAUAUAAACGAAGGUGGGGGCUUUUCUUCGCUUAAUUCAAAUGCCAGAGCUCUUCUUCUUGGCGAAAAGGUAUCAGCAAAGCAUGUGGCAUCAGAAAUUUUCCAAUCAACAAGAGAAUCAGUGAUGUCGCAAGGAGGGGAGUUUUCUUCAACAAACGAGUGUAAUUUUCGAGCAACAAUUAAAAAGCCUGGAGAAUUAGAACCUGAACGUCCAAGAAAACCUUCUCGUUGGGAUACCAAUGUGAGUGGCUCUAUUACGUACGCAGGGCGAAAAGAUCCAUCAAGAGAAGGUUCUUUUCAGCCAUUUUUGAAUGACCCUGAAAAGCAACAAAGAUAUGACUCCUACUUGGAAUCGAAAAGGUUUGGCAAGAGCUCAGAGCUGAAAUAUAGCGAAAACUUAACUGAAUGGGAAAAGGAAAGAGAAAUGGAAGAAUUUGCAAGAGCCUCUGUAUUAUUUCGACCGAUGUCAAGCUCCAUUUCGUCUCGAUUUACUAGAGGAAAAGAGUUUUCAGAAUCUAAAGAGAAAGGAGACAAAAAGCAGGAGGACCAAAUACCAGAUUGUGAAAAAGCUGCAAAGUUAGGAAUGUUUGGAAAGAUGACCAGAACGACAUACGAGUGGCACCCUAGUGCAAUUCUUUGUAGAAGGUUCAAUGUCCCCCACCCAUAUCCGGGCUCACGUUUUACGGGCACACCAGGUCAGGAAAAAAGAAAAGCAAGCGACUGGCUUCCCGUCAUAGAUAUGACAAUUAACGACGAAGACUCUUCGAGGCCUAGCGAUUCUACAAGAUCCUUUCGAGAAACGAAACCUGAGAAUUUGAAAAAUGAAAAAGUACGUUAUGAUGGUGAAGAAAUUUCAGUCAAUUCAGUAGACAAUGAAGUAAUGCAGCCGACAGCGUUCGAUGGAAAAACGUUAGAUCAAAAAGGAAGAUCAACAGAGUCUUCUAAACAGGCUGGACCAUUAUCAUAUUUAAACGACAAGAAAGAGGUGGAUGAGAAGGGUGUCACUGUCCUUGACACAUCUUUGGCUGAUGCUGGAGAUAGACCAUCAUUAGACCUUUUCAAGGCAAUUUUCUCCGAUUCAGAGGAUAGUUCUUCAAGUGAAUCAGAUGAAAAAGAAAAUGCUGGUCCUGAUGAAGAGAAACUUGAUAAAGUAAAGACUGAAACUGAUCAAAGUAGAGAAAAAUUUCAAGGUUCGCAGGAUAAUGAUUUCGCAGAGAAGCAGUCUGAAAGUGAUAUAUCUAUUAAAAUUACCAACACUAGCAGAAAAGAAAGAGACCCCCCGGAUACUUCCGAGAAAGUUCAGAUGACACUAAGUUAUACCAGUGGAAAUGAUGCAUCCAGUGGUGUGAAUUUGUUUGGGCCGUCUUUACCACCAAGGGAGAAAAGCGUCGAUGAUAAAAAAAUGCAAGAAGAGAAAAGGAUUUUAAAAGAUCGGGAACGGUCUUCUGAACACCAUAGCGAAACUCUCAGUAGAGAGGAACACAAGAAAAUUGAUUUUAAAAGAAACGAAACCACUUCUCAAAGUAAAAAAUUAAAUUCGAAGACUCGGAAGAGCGAAACUCGGAAGAGCGAGACUCGGAAGAGCGAGACUCGGAAGAGCCAGACUCGGAAGAGCGAAACUCGGAAGAGCGAGACUCGGAAGAGCGAGAAAAAGAAGCACAAGAAAAACAAAAGCAAAAAAAGAAAGAAAAAAUCCCACAAGACUACUCGAAAAUCUGAAAAAUAUCUUGAUAGGACAGACAGCUCAUCUGAAUGGUCUUCAGGCUCAGAUGAAGCUUGGGAAGGAUCAAAAUCGAAUGUCUAUAAAGACGAUGAUCGUGAUUUGGAAAUCAAGAGUGAUAAGCGUAGGGAGAAACAACGAAGCCGGCACGAAGAACGUGAACAGCAUCAAGAAAAGAAAUCAGCUGAUAUUUACUCUGAUGCUUCUUCGACUGACAGAAGGCAUAGACGAAAAAGCGAUAGCGAAGAGCGUGUUCCUUCUGCAAGGGAUAUAUAUAAAAAGCUGAAAAAGCAAGGUUUAUCUAUCCAAAGAAUGUCUGCUGCUGAUUUUAUGUAAUCGUUACAACUGAUGCAGCUGCCUUACGUCAAAGUAGUUGCUGAAUAGACAUAGUGACGUCUUUUUGUGUUCGUAAACACAUUAUGUGAUCAUAUUCUUAAAGCUUUUUCACCCCUUCCACCCAAUGUGAGCCUGCAAAAUCAUCGAUGAAACCCGGUCUAUUAUUACAACUGCUAGAUGGGCAUUUACGCUCCACACCUCUCUUGAAAAUUUAAAGGAGAACGAAAGAAACACUGAUCUUUGUUGCUAAUUCUAGUUUAAAGCCGGGCUUCAUUGAAAAUGGAGCCUUAUUAAUAAGUACUCAACGAGAUUAGAAUGAACUGUAUGAAAUCUUUUUAAUCUUCCGUCAUCAUGGUUCAAACCUCCUCCUUUGCCCCCUAAUCAGCCCUGAUCGUUGUGAGAACUCCAUGCCACCUUACCAACUCUGAUACCCUUUCGAUAUGUAAUCUAAGUAUGUAAAUGAUUCCUUAUGUUCAAUGCAACCGUCUCUACUUGUAUUGCCAUAUUGACUCAUUAUGUUCAAUUUUCCAGUUUCUUUGAUUUGGAGCCUCUGAAAGCAGAAGCUGCUAAAAACUAUAAACCACUUGCAUAAUGUCAUGCAAAAGCUGGGUGAAUAUAAUGCCAUAUAAUGGUAUGUAUGAAAAAUGUUCUUCUGAGCCAGUGCUCUUUUCUCGAGUUGUGCCAAAACUCCUCACCCACAAACUCUGAUACUUCACCCACAAACGUCACCCACAAUCAAAAUACACGACAGUGUCCCGUGUAUAAGAAGCACCUUUUUCACUUAUAGGCCUGACAUGUUUUUCAAAAAAGAGAUUAUUAGAAAUUAAAAAAGAGAGCCUUAAAUCUGUGGAAAGUUUCGUAUUGGACAAAAAAUAUGCUAUCGAUCAACUACUCAGCUGCGACUUCUAUUGACUACGAAACAAAGUGUCUCUUAAUGACUUCAGAAGAAGGAUAAGUUGAAUUGCAAUUUUUUUAGGAUACAGAGACAAUACAAUUUGGUAGCUGGCAAACAGUGUUGGUUAUCUUUUAUAUUAAAAGAAGCGAUCUUUUUCUCAAUCAUAUUCCUAUUUCUCAUUAAAUAGGGCAUUAAUUUGGAAAUCAAAGUUUCUUGUUUGUAAUUUCGCGUUUCUUGUAUGCGGAACACAGCUGUAAAUCCUCGCUCAACAUGUGAUCAUAGUAUUAUUGUCUGUUUACAGAGACGGCUGUCUUCCUGGAUUGCUUUCUUUAUGAUAAAACUCGUGAUGUAACGCAAUUUUCUAUGUGUAGACUGUAUUUUAAGAAAUCCAAGCUCAGUAUUUGAUGCUAGUUUCAUUAUCAUUGUUUGUUUACAGUUGAUGAUAAUGAGGUGAUGAUUCUUGAUUUACUUCGGUACACAUGGCAGCAAAAACAAAUAUUUGUCUCUUCGAAAUCUUUUAAGUGUGUCAUAUAUCCAGGUCACUGGGAUAAAUGUUUCGCGUUUACAUUAAACAUCAAAAGACUCAAAGCAAUAAAAUGGCUUUUUGUUUCAUCAUCACGUUAAAACUUUGCCUUUGUUUGCUUUUUGGUAGUUUAUAGUAAGAUUGUAAGCGAAUUUUUCAUGAACAAUAUUUUGUUGAGUUGGGUGAAAGAGACUGAAAAGUAGAUGAAGAGAUGGGAAAACUCUUUGCAAUCACUGGUUAGAAGAAUUUGUUUGGUUCGUACAGAGUGUGAAAAAGUACGUUAACUUUGUUAUUUUAUUACUGAGCUUCGAGUUGAAUUGAGCUAUACUUGAAUAUGUAGCCUGGAUAAAAUUAUUCCUCGAACAUGCAACAAGAUUUAAGGUCUUUUUUGAAAACUUUGACAUCCUUUGAGCAACCAGCUAAUUAAUGCCAUUAAAUUUUUCUUAACGAAAAGUAUUUGUAAGUUUUCUUUUUUAAUUAGCAAUUUCCGACUGCUGGACACAAAAACGCUGCUUCAUAGAAAUGUGACAAAUUAUUUUACCUCGAUGUUUGUAAAUAUGCUCUUAUUAAAUCUACAAUUUUAUUCCUAUAUACACAAUAUUUAACGGGAAACUUGAUUAGGACGUUGUCAUAUGAUUAGCAUUUUUUUUAAAUUGGUUUGUUUUCAAAAUGCCAUAUUGGAUUCCUAUCUUUAAUGCAUCUGCUCCAGACCAAUAUGACCCCUUGGACCAAUAUGACCCGAAA